AUGUACCGCUCAACCAAAGGAGCUUCCAAGGCUCGACGGGACCAGAUCAACGCCGAGAUCCGGAACCUGAAGGACUUGUUGCCCAUAUCUGAAGCAGAUAAAGCACGGCUCUCAUACCUGCACAUCAUGUCACUAGCCUCCAUGUACACCAGGAAAUCCGUCUUCUUCACUCAAGCGGGGACUGCUGCUAAUCUCGAGGAGUGCGCGAGGUUUCUGUCUUUCCACGAGCUGUCGGAGCUGACGCAGGCCCUGCCGGGAUUUCUGAUGCUGGUGACCGGGGAAGGGAAGCUCCUGUACCUGUCAGACAGCGUCUCCGAGCACCUCGGACACUCCAUGGUGGAUCUUGUGGCACAGGGAGACAGUGUUUAUGAUAUCAUCGACGCCUCAGACCACUUUAUCAUGAGGAGCAACCUGUCAGUCUCCACCUCACUUGAGACCGACCGUCUCUUCCGCUGCCGUUUCAACACCUCCAAGUCCGUGCGGAGGCAGAGCGCCGGGAACAAGCUGGUUCUGAUCCGGGCUCGCUGCCUCUCCCCCCCCUCCGGAGCCCCUGCCGCCGGAACCUACUGGACCGCCAACACGGUGUGGGUGUGUUUCUGCUCCCCUCUGGAGCCCCACCCGAGCCGCUCCGGCCCCGGGGCAGACCCGGAGUCCACCUCCACCCCUCCCCCGGCGGACACCAACUUGUUCCUGCCCUGCUUCCACUCCGAGCACUCCCGGGACAUGAGGCUGCAGACUGCCCAGCAAAGUGUGAGCGCCUUUCUCGGCUUUGAUGUGACAGAUUUGCGCUCCUGCUCCUGGUACAGCCUCCUCCACCCACAGGAUCUGUCACAUGCCUCCGCUCAGCACCGCAGCCUAUUGAGAGAGGGAGGAGAGGGCAGAGCUGAGAUGGUGGUGCGCGUGCAAGCCCAGGACCAGUCGUGGGUUUGGAUCUACAUGGUGCUUCAGCUGCAGCCCGGUGAAAUCCCCAUCAGCAGCAACAACUACAUCAUCAGUGAGUCUGAGGCGUGGUCCGUGCGUCAGCAGCUCACCUCCGAGGCGACUCAGUUGACUCUGGUUCUGAGCAGCGGCACCUCUCAGCAGGAGGGUCUGAGCCUCCAGUCCCCAGAGACCCUGUCCAGCCCGGACCAGGUCUUCACCCCGGGCAGCAGCGGCCUCUCCGCCCAGUCCUUUGACUUCAGCACGGCCGGCUGCAGCGUGGGCUCCUCUGAUGAGCGCGGGAGCUCUGCGGCGGAGGCCAUGCAGGUGGAGGGAGACCCCCGCUCCAGUAUCUCCUCUCUGGAGGAAGACAGCUUCUUCAAGCAGCAUCCCCCCGAAAGCCCCUCAGCUGCUUCCUCCCCAACCCCCGUCACUGUUGAAACGGUAGCAGACUUGGACUUUUUGACCCAGAACAUCCUCCUGCCGCCGUCCUUCCAGCUGGACCCCGCUCUGCCAGCUCUCCCCCUGCCACUCCCCCCUGUCUCCACCUCACAAGCUCAGCAGCAGACCAAAGAGUUUGUGUGCACACCGCCCUAUACCCCCCACAUCGUUGGGUCCAACUUCCCCUUCGGUGAGCCCCUCUUCAGCUUUGAACCGGCUGGAACUACCACUCCACCUCCUUCUACGACAACCGCCACCUCCACCACCUCCAUGGCCCCGACAGCUUCUUCCUCAGACCCCCCUACUACGACCACAAGCCCCUCUCCCCCCACCUCCUUGUCCACCAAGCUCCCCCUCACCCUUUCCACCACAUCCACUGACUUCCUGUUCCCCAUCGAGCACGGCAGCGGCUCUCUGUACGAAAAACUCCCCCCCACGCCCGACAGCCCCGGGGACGACGGUGACUGCACAGUGAUGACCCUGCCCGAGGUUCGGGGUCCGCUGUAUGUAGAUGUUCCAUUUGGGCCCCUCCAGUCUCCCCCAGAGGGCCUCCUCACCCCUGAGGCGUCUCCUGGUAAAUACCCUUACCUCUCCUUCUUCUCCCUGGAGAGAGAGAGGGAGAAGGAGAGGGCAGAGAUCUCCCUGUUAGCUCAGCACAUCAGCUCUCUGGCAGAGGGCUUCUACCUGGAUCCUCUCCUGUCCAAACUGUCUCCUCCCUCCAUGUCACCCUCUUCCGCGCCUCCCUCCCCCUUCCUGUCACCCGCCGUAGAAACUGCUGAUGAUGUUGAUUCGGGUCACAUGCUUAGGGAGUUUUAUCCCAUCAAAGCGUGGAGAGGCCUGGACAUUCCCAUGUUCCUCGACGAUGACGAAUCUCUGUUUGAAGAGAGCAUCUUAGAAACCCUCCUCCAAGACACCUUCGUUCCCCCCCAGUCCCCCAGCCUCACCUCCUCCCCCUCCCCUAUGCUGAACCCCUGCAGCCCACUCUCUCCUCAGACCCCAGUGUGCUGGCGCCAACCCUCCCAGUUUGAGGGAGCGAGCCACUUCUGUAGCGUCCAAUCGGCGCAAUGUAACUCCACGGCCGGGUGCGGCGCGGCUGCUGAGGCCCGGGCGAUGGCGAUGGCGGAGGGUGAGGGGCUGGCGGAGGAAGCAAUGGAGAUCGAGGUGGUGUCAUCUCCUGUGUCUUCCUGCUCCUCCAUCCCAGCGUCCCCUCCCCUCAUCCUCACGGCCUCCCCCAGACCAGCCUUCUCCACGCCCAUCGCCUCGCCUGGGCCCGCUGUGUCUUGCAAUCAGUCCCUCCUGGAGGAACUGGCUGUCCUGGAACCCAUGUUCGGGGCAGGUGCCUCGAUCGCCCCUGGCUUAGGGCAACAACCUGAGUUGUAUCAACUCCAAUGUCAUCCAUCGCCACAGUGCUUCCACAAAGAUGGGAGUGGAAGUGUUCCUCCGUUCUAA